AUGUUCACGUUGUAUUUUCGUUGCUAACGAAGCUAACAAACUGUACGGCUACAUUGCAAAUGUUGGCUAAGAGUUACUGUGAGGGAGAAAUAUAAGGACUUUCAGCAUUCUUUGCUGGUCUUUGCAGUGAGGUAAAGUCAAGAGCAAGCUGUUGUGGAGCAUUUCUAAUUGAGAGAGGAUGUCAUUCUUCCUUUGUGGAGUCAGCUUCUGCUUCAAUACGAGGAAUGGAGGGUUUUCCAUUCAGACAGCUGCAGAAACAAGAAAGUGCAAGAUACUUGACUAAACAAUUUUUAUUGAAAAGUUGCAGAGAAACAUCGUGUUAUUGGAAGUCUGUGUUGCCAGUAAAGCCAGAGAGAAGCUGUGUGUGGACAACCAGGGGGGAAAUUAGGCAGAGCUCAGCAGCAGCAAAGUGCAGAGCAACAGAAGUGUUGGACACAAACCAGUGCUAUGACUUCUGGGUGUUUCUUGGUUUGCACAGACUGAGUCAGAAUGUCAGCACCUGCUACAGGAUGAAGUGGCGCUUGCAAACGCUAGGCGUGAUGCUUGGGUGAUGUUCAGGCCGUCAGCUACAGAGCUGUUUGUGCAGAUUCCAAAUGUCUUUCAGAACAUGAACUUUUAAUCCUGCAUACGGCAGAGGCACAGGAAUGGGCAACAUAUUUGCAGCAGAUCUUGAAAUCUUCUCUAAAAUUCCGGAAAAGGUCUAUUUUGCUGUACGCGCUGGGCCCAGCUCAUCAGCUCGAUGGAUAUGAUUUUGACAACUUCCAAAGUUGUAAGUGCAUUGUGCUGCUGCUCACGGAAGCGUUCCUGGACAUGCUCUACGAACCGAACCUGCAGGGGGCGCUGCACACGCUCCUUUUCCCGCCACACAGAGUGGUGGCGCUGCUGUGCGGCAUCGCAGAGGACGACGUACCCACAGAGAUUUUCAACGGCUGGCAGAGCUGGAGAAAAGUCUGUGCUGAUGAUGAGCCUGCCAUCUACCUCACCACCAUUCUGGAGUCUAUUGCUGACAGCAAACGACUCAAGGCUGAACAUGAUAGCAAAGUUGCACCAGAGUUGCACGUCCUAGCCCCAACUGAAAAUCCCACCAAUGAUAAAACAGAGGAAGUGGUGACAGAGCUGCAAAAACAAACUGUCCAAAAUGAUGAAGACCCCGUGAGUACGUGGAAUUCAGCGAGUGAGGAAUCUUCUCACCUCACCUGUCUCACUGUUCAACCAAACAAAGUUCUCUGCGGGGAACAGGAGACACUGUUCAUCAUUUUCAAACAGAAAAUAGAUCAUCAGUUAAUACCAGAGGUGGAGUUUUCAUCUGAAAGUGGAACUACAAAACGGUUUCCAGGCACCGUUGAGAAUGAAUACACUUUAAGUGUUGCUGCACCUGACAUGCCUGCUGGAGUGGUCUCACUCACUAUGUACACUGACCGUUCUUGUGUCAGCUUGAAGCCUGUUAGAUAUUAUACCAGUAUGGUUGAAGUCAGUCGGUUAAUUGAGAAUGCCACUGAUCCUGUUAACUUCAUCUGUCAGGCCUUCAACUUCACAAGCAAUAUGACAGAAUCAGUAGACAACACAUUAACUGACUCAUUUAAAUCCAGAAUGCCUGAAACUGGUCUUCACUUGUUUGGAAUCAGACAGCUUGAAGAAAACAAUAUGGGGGCAUAUCAGCGUGAUGUGGAGCUUCCCACACUGCUCCACUUUGCUGCCAAGUACGGCCUGAAAAAGCUGACCACCAUUCUCCUCAGAUGUCCAGGAGCUCUGCAGGCUUACAGUGUGAUGAACAAGUAUGGAGACUACCCAAACAAGCUGGCAGAAAAGAGCGGCUUCUUAGAUCUCAGACAGUACAUGGAUGAAUUUGUAGAGACGGCUGACAUGCUCAGGUCUCACUUUGAGGACACUGAGAACAGUGAAGAGGUGUAUGAACUCAUGUCAACUGCAUCUCAAGACAUCAUGAUGAAGUACUCGGGUUGUUCAGAGGACAUAUAUGAGUCAAUGCUGGCGAUGAACCCUGAAUGUGCAGAGGACCUCUAUGAGGUGAUGAAUGCAGUUGAUGAGAAUCCUGAGGAAGCUCUUCUUAGGACAUUUUUCAAAGCAAAACCUCACUGCAGUCAAAUCCAGGACAACAGUGAGCAGCAAAAAGGUCAAGAAGAAGAAAAGGAUGAGGAAGAAGAGGAGGAUCCUUACAACAUCUUCCUAGAGGAUAUCUAUGAUAUUGUGGAUACAAAUAGUACAUAUACCCCAGGAAUUCAGAAUCGUCCACCAGCUCCAAUCCCAAGACAUGAAGGCGGGCCUGACCCUGAGCCGGAGCCGGAGCCAAAAACGACUCUUACCUACAUCUCUAGAGUUUUUUCAGAAAAAAGUACAUCCCAGCAUGCAACAAUGGCAACUGGAUAUCCUGCAGUGCGGCCUGUCGUGGACAUCCCAGCAUCUGUUCAUGAUCCCUAUGCUGGGAUGAAGACCCCUGGACAGAGGCAGCUCAUAUCCCUUCAGGAGAGGGUGAAAGUGGGGGAAAUAACUGUGAAUGAAGCUGUCCAAGAGUUCAAGGCAUGGCAAUUUGACCAUGAAGGGAGGGCACAUUCCAUACGCUAUCAGCAGGAAAAUCUGAAGAAAUUACGAGAUAGCAUCACAAGGCGCCACAAGGAGCGAGAGAAGACAGGAAAGGAGCUUGAUUAUGAGAUAAGUGCUCCACUGCAGAGGAACUCCAGUGCCACUUUCGAGUGUGCAGUGUAUGAGUCAGGACCCAGAGUGGUGGCUCAGCCCCCUCCUGUCACUCAUCCUAUUCAGAGAGGAGCCUGGAAGACAGGUAGCACAUCCAGCACAUCCAGUACUGAAAGCAACAGACUUAGCACUCACAGUGCCUUCAGCUGCAGCAGUGGCACAGAGCCUGAUCUAGAGGACACAUUAGAAAAUGUUCCACCUCUUCCACCACCACCACGGCAUUUGCGGCAAUCUGAUGCUACAGCCAUCAUUCCUCCACCCAGGAUUCCUCCACGAAUCCCAGACAGAGUGCCAGAUAAGGCGUUGCACGAGCGCUACAUAGCCUUCCCCACACGAGCACUUCCUCAAAUACCCUCUAACAGACCAUCAGGCUCAGCGCCACCGCCUCCUGUACCUCGCCGUCUACGGUGAUCAACACAUGUUCACCUUUGCUGGGUUAUGUUAAAGGUUAUUUUCUUGGAUGUGACAUCUGUAAGCAAUUUAAAGAAAAUAAUCCACGCAAAGAGAUGGGUGUUUGUUUCCUUUUGUUUGUAUUUUUGUUAUGAAUAGUAUUAUAAUUUUUAUUAAAUGUAUAUGUACCUGUUUGUAUGCAUGUGUGAGUCAUAUUUAGUACAUGUUGUCUUUUUAGUGUAAAACUUUAAAAUGCUGUGAUACAAUAAUAAAACAUAUGGCUCAUGUAUUUAUGUGCUCAAUCGAGGGAAAGCCACAUUAUUUGUUUUAUUUUAUUCACUAGAGGACGUUCCACUUUUAUUGAUUGUGAUUUUAUUAUGCUUUUAUUUCUUAAAGGACUUUAAUAGUGGUAGUGAUAUUUCCUCAUGUCACUUGCAUAAUAGGAAGGAAGUGUCCUUAUAUGGAUCUGUCUUUUUUUUCUUUUUUCUCACAAGGAAAUAUUUUAUUUCCGCUUAUUUCUUUUCAGUCACUAUCACCAUGUAUUCCAUCCUUAUUUAUAUUGACUCCAUUAAAAUCAGUAUCAAUUU